AUGGCCCAACAAAUGGAGCCUUCUGUGAGGCGAGAAGCUCUAAACGUUAUGUUCGGCGAAAAAGUAGCGACGAGCGGGGAGCUGCCGAAAACCUGGUAUCCUCAGAAGUUAGCGUUCCAUGACGACGGUGAGGACGCAACUUUUUUCGCCAUCAAACAGGUCGAGGGCGGCCCUUGUGGCUGUUACGCAGCGAUCCAAGCUUAUAUUCUGAGAGAUCUUUUGAGCAACCGAAACCGCAUGGACUCGUUCAGCGAUCGGAUAGACAUGCGUCGGUGUGCACUUGCAAGCGCCCUGGCGAGUAUACUUUGGAAGGCGCGGCGUUACUCGAGCAAGAAUAAAGAUGGUCCAGUUUUUCUCGUUAUCCAAGAUGACGGUGGAAAGUGGAAUUAUGUCCAGCCAACGACUAUGGAAGAGACCGCCGAAGUCAUCAGGGCCAAUUACGAGCAAAUAAGCACUGCCGGAGUGGUUCCGUUCACCGUUUCGAUAAUUCUCACCAAAGGCAUCGAUUUGAUCAAGCAAGAGCUGGUGGUUCACGACGUCUUUCAACCCUUGGUGAAUACAGAUUCCAGCGACUGCACGCAGGACCUCGUCAACCUCUAUUUGACAGGACGCGCCUGCGUGGGGUUGCACGAUGAGGAGUGUCCAAACCCUCAGAGCAAAGGCGUGCUCGAGCGACAAGAUAUUGGUUUCCUGUCCGAGCUUGGGCACCAGAUCGGGAGCUUCUACAGAGAUCCGAUCGAACCUUUCUGGGUCCUCAAUUUCGGACAUCAUUACACGGUUCUGUAUUCAGCCGCUGACGACGCUCUGAACAAUGGCGAGACUCGGAACGAUUUCUACUGGUUCCCCGGAUUCAGUGACCGCCGAUACAUCGUCUUCGGGGAACCUGGACCAGGCGAGUUUGAGUAUGAGCCUAUCAGUGAAGGAGAGAAAUGGGAGUAUAGGGGAGUACUCAAUUGUGUGCGUUCACGAUGGACACCGGAGGCAAAAAUCAUUUCUUGGAGACAGUAUGGCCCGAUUCCGGGAACGGAAGAUGAUGGGCAAACUUCGAGUGGCAGCGAAAAAUAG